AUGAGUGCUGAUUUUGGAAGCAGACACAGUAGCAUUACGACCAGAUCAAAUGAUUUUUACGAUUUUGUGGAAGAAUACAACAACAAACAAAUUGAUUUUAACAAUAAUUCGAAAUUUAACCUAUCAGAAUUGAGUCUAUCAAAGCUACUUAAUAUAUCAUACAAUUGGUGUUGUGCCUACGUUAACAAAGUGGAUGAUGAUUUGGUGGCGAAACCGCAGACAUCUCCACUAGCCCUUGCUUUGGUUUGGGUUGCUGCCAUGGAGAAUAACGAAGUGGGUAUGGCAGAUCGGAAGUCAUUUUUUGAAUGUAUUUUGAACAAAAAAAUUGAGCUGAAAACGCCAUUAACUUUUUCACAACAAAAUGUUUUAAAGACUUGGUUGACCAGUCUAAACAUUGAACAUGUGACAACUGUACAGUGUAUAGAAACCUCUAGUAAAGAAACCAUUGAAAGUUAUUUAGAAAGUAUUGAAAAUAGAAGUUCAAAUUCGAACACUUUUGUUGUCAAUUGUGGAGUCCCAAUAAUGGCAAUAGGAAUGGGUCAAUUUGGAUUGGAGUGUUUUUUACCCGAAAAAAAAGGUUCAUUAGGUCCAGGAAUUCACUUUUUUAAAAAUGCAAGCGAAAUAUCCAAAACCUUAAUUGAUAAUGGAAUGAAGGCAAAAUUAUGGAUUUUAAAAUUCCCAGGAAGAUCAAUUAAUGGAAUAUUUUCAAGUCUAUCUAUUGCAUCUGAAAUAUCGCAUUAUUCAAAUUUCAAAGAAAAUGCAGCGGCAUUUGACCCAAAAAGGAAUGCAAAAUUGGCGUAUUUGGCGCUUAAGCGAGCUCGGCGCAACGCCGGGCAAUCCGUAUUAUUUCCCCCCACUAAAUCUUAG